CGGGUGGCGGGGCCGAAUUUUAUGAUGCAAACGGCGCUGUUCGGAGCUUGUUGAAGAAGAAUCACGGCUUUUUACAUGAACGGCAAAUCGAACCAAAUCAAAUCAAAUCAGCCCAAAUUGAGCCUGUAAUUGACCGCCACAGCACCCUGGCUUGCCCUAUACUGUUUGACUUUGAGAUGAGCGAAGAAACAGAAAUGAAGGUCGAUCCAUCCAGAGCCAAAGCUCUGAUCUCACAGCUCAACAGUGUCAGUGAGCGCAUCACCUCCGUUGCUAAGGGCAGCACCGUUCGAUUGGUUGCCGUCUCAAAGCUGAAGCCUGCAAAUGACAUUCUGGCACUGUUACAACCGCCAACGUCGCACUUGCACUUUGGAGAGAACUAUGCCCAAGAGCUGAGCCAGAAGGCGGAGUUGCUUCCAAAGAGUAUUCAAUGGCAUUUUAUAGGGGGUCUGCAGUCAGGUCACUGCAAGAACCUAGCUAAGAUACCAAACCUCUUCUGCGUGUCCAGUGUCGACACUGCCAAGAAGGCACAGCUGCUGGACGAGCACCGUGGCAAGCUGAUAUCGUCAGCAUAUCCUGCGACACCUGUUCCCAAGCUCAACAUCCACAUCCAGGUGAACACGUCCGGCGAAGACUCAAAGUCCGGAUGUUCGCCUGGUGCGGACACGGUAGAACUAUGCAAGCUCGUCAUAAACGAGUGCCCGAAUCUGAAUCUUCUCGGACUUAUGACCAUCGGUGCAAUUGCGCGGAGCAAAGAGACUACGCCGGAAAACGAGAACGAAGAUUUUGUGUGCUUGAGGGAGCAGAGGGACUUAGUGGCCAAGGAAUUGGGCUUGCAAGGCAAGAAGGAGCUGGAAUUGAGCAUGGGUAUGAGUGAGGAUUUUGAAGGAGCCAUCUCCAUGGGCUCAGGCGAGGUCAGAGUGGGCAGUACGAUCUUUGGCAUCAGAGGGCCGAAAAGUGAGGCGAAGAUCACUGUAUAGAAUCAACUAUUCAUCAUCGCUGCGUCCAACAUGGAAGCAAAUACCAAGCAGGAAGCUUAUUCUUGAUGUAUGAGUGGUCAAUUCGAGUCCUCUCAUGUCUUGACUUCUUUCUAGUACCCAGGUAGACUCUAACUACUCACAUAAUUCCAGCAGUGAGCGUCGAAGGACACUUCUAAAACAAAAGGCUAUUAUAGAAGGAUUAGAUCGUUGGUGUUCUUCCUAUCCGAAUCGCUGACAGCCCAAUACCCGUUCCCUGCACCUUCCUGAACUUCCACCUCAAGUUAGCAUCAAAUGGCCGACACGGAUUCAUGGGUGGUUAAAUUGCACACAGGAACUCAGCUGGCACGCACGAUGAUUGGACAUGUAGCUCUGGUGCACCGCUUUGUCAUAAUACGGUACCUUGCAAGAUAAUCAAUAAGAG